AUGCCCUCCAUCGGCCCACAACCACCUGCGCCUCUCAACAAGCGCAAGCGCACGCCCGAAGCCGGCGGCGAUGGCGACGUCGACAUCUCUAGCAAACACGCUCGCCGCGAACCCAACGCGGACGAGAUAGACCUCGGCGAUUCAGCCGACGAGGAUGACGACAUCGGACCCAGCGCAGCACCCGCCCUGCCACCCACGAUGCCACCCACGACGACGACGCCGCCGUCGCAGCCUUCCACAUCGGCCGCUGGGCCUUUGCUGCCCCCGUCGGCUGUCCCGAGAGAGGCCGAGACGGAGGCCGGCACGGACGCUGGGUCUUCCAUGCUCUCGGGUCCGCAGCAAGGAUCCACGGAGAGGCAGGAUACAUCCUCCGACUCCGACUCGGACGACUACGGCCCUUCUCUUCCGUCGGCAACGACGAAGCGCGCAGCGCCCAUCGGUCCCUCCCCCGCGCCGUCCGAGGCGGCCACCCAGCGAGACAGCUGGAUGCUCGCCCCGCCGAGCGCGGCGUCGGGCUACGCCGAGCGUGACCCGACCCGCAUGCGCAACCGCAAGUUUGCUUCCAAGCCGGCGGCGCCCGGUGCCUCGGCUGUGUCGUCCAUAUGGACGGAGACGGCCGAGGAGAAGCUCCGUCGGCUGCAAGACUCCGUGCUCGGCCGGACAGGAGGCAUCGGUGGAGAGUCCGACGCUCCCGACACGGGCGGCCACCAGCAGAGGAGCAAGGCCGACGAGGAGAGGGAUCGACGGAUCGCGGCGAGCGUCGAGGCGUCGAGGGGCGAGAGCAUGUACGACGCGCACGCGAAAAGGCAGAGGAGCCAGGGCGUGGCCAAGGACGAGGAGGAAGACGACCCGAGCAAGAGAGCGUUCGACAGGGAAAAGGACAUGGCGCUGGGCGGCAAGAUUGGCACGGCCCAGAGGAGGGAGCUGGUGGCCAAGUCGGCCAACUUUGGAGGCCGAUUUCAAAAAGGAUCAUACCUGUAG